GCCGUUUCCUCUGCUCCGCGAGCUGUACUGGUACGACAAGCGCGAUGCGCUUCUGCCUUGCUUGCAGCGCUGCAUUUCCACUACCCUCACCCGACUGGUCAUUCAUUCGGAGCUUUGGCCUUCAGCAAUGGUCGAUAUCGUCGCAGGCCUGGGCAAGGCUUGUCCUAAGAUCAAAGAAUUUCGUUGUUCGAUGCCGACUGCUAGUGCAUGCGCCAUGCUUUCUGAUUCCGUCACCUGCUGGGAUGAUUUGGAGAUAUUGGAGACAGGAGCAGUGAAUGUGCAGGCAUUGCAACAUCUUGCAUCCCUGAAGAAGCUGAGGGAGUUGAAGAUGCUCAUUCCAGAAGGUUACAGCCUAGACAAGGACCCAGCAUCGACGUUGAGCGUCAUGUUUUCGUUGGACAAGUUCAGCAUAACUGCUCCAAGUACCGAACUCCUUCUCGCUUUUUUAUCUCCCUUGCAAAUCUCUGCGAAGAGCGCGGAGCUAUAUAUCGACUCAUCUCCAAACGCAGAUGAUCUCAACCAUCUACUGUCCUCCCUUACUGAGCACUUCCAGCCCAAUAUUUCAAAAUCGUUGCGUGUUUGGGUGAAUCGCCCCACCGAUUUUGACGAUCACUCUCUUUUCGAACUGCCUCCUUCUGCUUUCCGAAAGAUCCGAGCCUUUAAAGAGCUCACCAAUCUCAAUCUCAGUUCAAUGCAUGUUUCUAUCAGCGACGACGAAGUUCUAGACCUCGUUUCCGCUUGGCCGCAAGUGGAAUGUCUUUACCUUGCUACUGGCUGGGACUGGGGAGUUACCCGCUUGGGGGUGACAUUUGGUGGGCUUGCGGGCAUCCUUGAACGCUGCCCAAAUCUGCGCUCCCUAGGGGUCAACCUAGACACCUCGUUCCCCCAUGACUCACUCGUCCACGUCGAUAACCAAUACACUGGCAUCACCAGGGAGAAAAUCACUGACCUAGAUGUUGGGUAUGCGGAAUGCGACAAUGUCGAGGCCAUUGGUAACCUGCUAGCUGGGAUGUGUCCCAGUUUGACCCACAUCGAUCGUGCGCGUCCCAUAGAUAUUGAUUACGAUGAUCUUUCCGAUCAGAAUGAAUGGUUCGAAGAGACAAAUAGAUGGAAAGAGGUCGAGAGUUUUAUCGCUCGGCAGAGAAUAGAGCAACUAGAGUAGAACAGUGUGUAGGGCAAUGAUAUACCAGCGGGUUG